AUGAAGUGGCAGAGAAUUUGGAGCCUUUCCCUCAGCGCAACACUGUUGGGGACAGCGUUUGGCUAUGGUACAACUGUGUCCAUUGUUGUCAGUUACUGUCCAGCGACGUAUACCAGCUCUGGUGCAUUAGGUACUAGCACGACAAGUACUGCUCCAACCUCAAGUUCGAGCCCUAUCGCACCAUUCUAUCUAUCGUUUGUCGUAAACUCAAUCCUGCCGCGCCAGGCUGAUGGAGGAGUCAUUCAAACUCGUCGAUACAUUGCGGCCGAUGGCAGUAUCACCGAAGAUCCUCGGGCGGCCACCUUCUUUGUCAUUACUCCAUCAGGACAGCUCAUGAACGACGAUGGCUAUAUCUCAACUAGGGGAGAUGAGGACACACAGCUCUUUAGGGUAUCACCAGAUCUGAAGGCUAUCUCGACCCGAUUCUCCAUACGCCCGAAUGAUACCCUGGCUUGGGAAAAUAGCACUUUCGCGGGUGGUGAAGCGAUUUUCUGCCUGUUGGGCAACUUGUUUGUCGUUUUCGAUGGAACGUUGCCCUCAGGAUGUACAAGGACAUAUCUCAGUGCCAUACCCGUGGAUGAAGUUGUGAUACCGCCAACCUCAACAUUUACAACGACAAUACUAGCAACUCAAUCUACUACAAGUCUCAUCUAUGCCACAUCAACAACAAGCUCGAUGGCCCCAGUAACAACCUACCCUCUAAGCACUGUUUACGGCGUUUCUGCUUAUGCAAUACCGGUGGGCUGCUUGUCAUCAGCGCCAGGUAGCCCAGCGCUAUUGGGACCAAACACUUUUGUGUCUUAUCUUGAGCAGUGCGCUGAUUUUUGUUUCGAGUAUAAGUUCUUUGGAGUUCAAGCUGGAACACUUUGCGUUUGUGGAAACGCUUUUCAAAGCGACUCGUCAGGCACUUGCGACAUGCCUUGCAUGGGUAACUCAAGUAACACUUGUGGCGGGCAAAAUGCUAUUUCAGCAUACGAAAUUGUUUCCCGACAACAUGGAAAUGGGAGUACUUCAUCCAUUCACAGUGGUCCAACAACAUCACUCUCAGUAGUAGGCACCACCUCGAAUUCUGGGGGCCAGAUUGCAAGUACUACUAUCUCAAACGACGUUCCAUCUUCCUCAACCACGUCAGCUGCAACCACAUCUGACUUUCCGGCCCCGACCUCCAGCGGUACGCCAAACUGUUUUGAUGGUUCGGAAUUUGAUGGCACUGUGAAUGACGAUUAUCUCAUUCUUUGUGAUACCGAACUUCCAGGGUCUGACCUCGAUUUUGUUCCAGCUGCUGACAUAGCCGAGUGCAUCGAAGCUUGCAACUCAUAUGUUCCAACAGGAGAAGGAGUUUGCGUGGCCGUUGAAUUUGACAUUCUUGCAGAGGCAAACCCUUGCCAUCUCAAAUUUAACAUUGGAGUUGUCACACGGGGUGGUAAUCCUUUCGCUCAAGCUGCAAUUAUUGUCAACUCACCACUCGGACCGGAGAUCAUCUUCUCCAGCGACCCCGGGUUUUCGACAACCACAUUGCCUGUUAUUGAGUCAACAACAACCAGUCCUACUGUCUUUGGAAUAAGCGAAACCCCCAAGUUGACUUCAACACCGUUGGGCUCGUCGUUGACAACAAGCAAUACGCCUGUGGCUUCAUCAAAUGCCUCACCCACACCCACUCCACCACAACCCACGACCAGUCCAGGUGCUCAAUCAACCGGCGUUCAGACUAGUUCCAGGACUCUAACGACCAGUCAUCCAACCACGCAAGUUGUGAAUCCUCCGACUACAGUGACCCAACAGCCUCCGCCACCAAACACAAGUCCGAGUGCCGGUUCUACACUCGGGACUCCAAGUACAUUCAUAGGCACUCCACAAUCGAGUUCAUCCGCCGGUCUCUUCUCGACGAUGGCGACACCGUCCUUGGGCGUCUCAGUUUCCUCGUCAACUGUGAGCGUCCCUAGCCCACCAACAGUGACCAGCUCAAGUUCAACUCCCAGAGCCUCUACCACGACUAAUCUACCUAUCACAACUGGAACCACAAGCAUUAGCACCUUGAGCCCAACCUCAGCAGGCGUCCCGAGCACACUGUCAACUUCAUCUAUAUCGAUUACAACAACGCUCAGUAGCUUAGGCGUCACGGUAAUCACAACAACGACUAGCCGCGCGGUUCCCACUACUGCAGCACCAUACUGCUCUGGUGCGACACCCGCUGCUGCGUUAUGCCCGAUGUAUAACCAUCAAGCCGUGAAUGUGAACUCCGAUGGCGUCUGUUAUGAAGUUGAGUGCCACACUGUGCUCGAUGGCAAUAUCCUCACUGGAAACUCAACCAGAACUGUCUCCCAUAACGCCUGUAUUGCGAUGUGCAGUCUAUACAGCAUUGCGCUUCCAUUCAGCUGCGUUGGUAUUAACUAUUAUGGCACAUCAGUACCGGGCAACAAUUGCUUGCUCUUAUCAGACAUCACCGGUACCCGCUAUCUGGCUGGCGUUGACAGUGGCCGGUUGCUUUAUGCAGGCUAUCCAUCGAUCAAUGACCCAAAUUAUGGAACUAUUAGUAUCUCGUCUGCCUCCCAAACUGCGAUCCCAACACAAACUUCGGCGACUGCAACUUCCAGUUACGUACCGUUAAAUUGUCCUGCAGGGCCGACUGCAAUUUCUACCCCUCUAUGUCCCGGCAACUCACCAUUUUGCAAUUCAUACAACAGCUGGGGCACUCCAAACAACUUUGAAAUAGAGUGUGCGACUAGCUUCACUGGCUCAUCCCUACAAUCUCUCUUAGCUUUUUCAUUGGCGGAUUGUAUCAGCUGGUGCCAGUACGCAAAUGCAUAUAGCACGAGUUUGUGUACUGGUGUGACUUUCCGAGAGGGCAAUGUCACUCAAGGGGGUGCCAACAACUGCUUCAGGUAUUCCUCACUGACUUGUGCGACCCGUGGAAAUGCUACAUUCAACAGUGCUCGAAUUCUGAACGCCAACUACCCGCAAAUGUCAGACUACAAUGAUCCCAGCUUCAUUUGUGGUGCUCAACAGAGUUCGACCGUGACAGCAGGCACAAGCUCAAGAUCUGUCACGACCAGUAGACCUGCCACGAGUGGCAAUGCACCAGUCACGACAACAAAUCCAGUGCCUCCUGUAACUACGAGCAGGCCGCUGACUUCGACAACAGUCGAUCUUUCUCAGGCAACAUCAAACGCAUUCCCGUCAGCAUAUCCACAGGAUCCCGUAUGUGAGAACAACUUGAUAUCGAAAUUCGAGGGUGGACAAGCACUAGUAAAUCCUGCCCAGGGACGAUACUACGACAUUGAAUGCGCAGCCGAUUACAACACCGUUGGAAAUCUUCCAUUCGCUACGAGCAAUCAACCAACCUACAACAGCUGUUUGAAUCAAUGUGAUGCUGCUGUUGCUGCGAAUGCAUCGCAGGUUUGUGCAGCCUUUUCAUGGGUCGCAAGCACUGGAGCAUGUACCCUGCUCGGUAAGGUCAGUAACGGCAGACAAACAACCACGGGCAUGAUUAAUACCUUGGGCACACACUCAGGGAGGUGGCUUUUCGCCAAUUCCGGAUAUGCCGAUGGACCAGGCCUCCAGCUAUACCUUUCGAAACCUAUACCCUUCCCCACUGGACAGAAUGUGCUGGGUGCCACACUGCCUUCCUUCCCAGGAGGAACAAACACAUACUUCAAUGGCUGGGCGGCGAAUGCACACACCACACCUCUCGAUCUCUCGUCAAUGGGAAUCCAAUGGAAGAUUUUUGGGCAGACGAGUAACAAACUCUUUGUCAAUGCCAAUUUCUGGCUCACAACGACACAAUUGGAGCUCAAUUCCUCAAGUCAGACCACCUGGUCCCAGGGAGGGCGCAAUAGUGAUGCUGCACCCAUCGCAUUCCCAGCCUCAAAUCUACCCCCGUACACCAUUUCUCCAUUCUGGACACAAGGCUUCAUUCUCAUGGCUGGCCAGCAGGGCAUUUACUACCAAGUGGACGUCAUCGCUCCAGGCCAAUACGGAAUCUCUAUCGAAUGGUACUUCUCGCACUUCCAACAGGACAACGCCGUGCAGCACGCCAUGAUGACCUACGAUACUGGUCUUCCUGGCGUCUGGACGACCUAUUUCUUCGUCGCCGGCGAUGCCGCUGCCGAUCGUGGCAAGCGACAAACGGUGGGUGGUCAGGGAAAUCCGGCAAAUGUUGGUGAGAGCUUCAUGUACUGCCAGGCCCAGACGAACUGUAUCAUUCCUGGUAGUAAAUUGGUUUUCAACACCCAAGCGCAAGACACUUCAGCCAUCGCCACAUAUAAUGCGAGCUAUUUCAACCCGAGCAGCGUGCCGUUCGGCUCUUGGACUUGGACAAAUCGAAUUAUGUAG